AUGUUACUAAAUAAUGAGUUUGGUCCGAGUAAUAAUUUUGAACCAGGGCGAGGGAUUCAUAGAACCCGAAGAUCGUUGGCUGUCAAAGAUAGAAAAUUCCUAUGGGAUGACGGUAUUAUUCCAUAUGAAAUUCAAGACAUAUUCAAUGGAGCCCAAUGCAAAUUAAUUAACGAAGCAAUGAGACACUGGGAACAAUCGACUUACUGCGGAUGCUGCUCACAUGUUGGUAAAAAUCAGUAUGGACCCCAAUCAAUUAGUAUUGCUGACCAAUGCAGCGUUUUUGGUACUAUUGUACAUGAAUUGGGACAUGUAAUUGGGCUCUACCACGAGCAUUCACGUCCGAAUCGCGAUAGCUAUAUUGAGGUUUUUCUAAAUAACGUUCAAAAAGGGAAUGAAGAUAAAUUUCGUAAAUUGUCAUUAGAAACUACAAGUACGUUGGGUCUACCUUAUGAUUAUAAUUCCAUAAUGCAUUACCCAGAAUUUGCUUAUGCAAAAAGUAAGCUUCGCAAAACCAUUGAACCAACACGUAAAAUAAAUGGGAUUACACCGAACAUUGGUCAGAGAAAUGCCCUAAGUACCGGUGACAUUAUUGCUACAAAGUUGCUGUAUAAUUGUUCUGCACAUGGCGGGUCAUUUUUUGAGUCUUACGACAGGAUUAUCCCGCCAAUACGCCCAGAUCUUUCACCAAAAGACUUCGAUAAAUGCAGAUGGACAAUCAGAGCUGCUGAAGGUGAACGAAUAAAGGUCACACUAACAUCAUGGGAUAUUAAAGAGACUCCCAAUUGUACAGCGGAGUAUGUGGAAAUAAAAAAUGGCUACCAGGCAAAUAAUCCUGUCUUAGCUCGCAUGUGUGGUAAAGAUAAAACAGUUAUUGUAACGGCUAGUAAUUUUGUAUCAGUAACAUAUGCUAGGACUCGUUAUGAAAAUUAUCACCUGGGAUUUAUAUUGAAAUACGAGACUAUUUGCGGCGGCGAUAUUUAUUUAGAAAGCAAUGAUACUCAUUACUUAGAAUCGCCAAAUUAUCCAGGGUCAUAUGAACCGAAUAAACAGUGCCAUUGGCUCAUCAAGGCUCCUCGCAAAAAUUCUAUAGUAAUUAAAUUUAAUUACUUUGAACUUGAAGAAAGCACAGGUUGCAAAAACGACUUUUUGGAAGUACAAGAGGCUGGAAGUAAAGAAGCGCCAAUUAUUGGAAUUUACUGCGGUAAGAAAGACCAUUUAGAAAUAGCUGUUAUGAGUAGAAUUUUUCUGACGUUUGUUUCCAAUAAAUCGAAAGAAGCGGGAGGUUUUUCCGCUGCUAUUUCUGCGAAACCUGAUAACAGUAAUGGUCUAACCGUUUGA